GACUGCCUGGUGCUGAACGUUUUCGUGCAGCGGUGGCGCCUCCCCAGCGAGCAGUGCACGGGCGCCGACGUGGUUGGCACGUGCGGCCGAGGCGAACAGGCGAACGCAGAGGCGCUGGCGCCCGUACUCGUCUACAUCCACGGCGGCUCUGGGAUGCACGGCGCGGCGCACAAUCCGGGCGCCAGCGGAGCGGACCUCGCUGAGAGCCAGGACCUCGUCUGCAUCGACGUUAACUACAGGCUGGGGAUCCUGGGGUUCUUGGCGCAUCCGGAGCUGUCCGCCGAGGACGCCGAGGCCGCGCAGGCGGGCGACCCGUGGGGCGGCUCCGGCAGCUACGCGUUGCUCGACCAGGUCGCCGCCCUGGAGUGGGUGCAGCAGCACGCCGCGAGCUUCGGCGGGGACCCGGACCGGGUCACCACGCCGCCGCCGCAAACCGCCCCCCCCCCCCGCGCGUACCUGGGCAACUUCGCGCGGCACGGCGACCCGAACGGCGCGGGCCUGCCCGCCUGGCCGGCCAAGUCGCCGGGCAGCGCGCUCUACCUGGAGGUCGGGUCGGGCCCGAAGGCCAAGGCGCUCUCCGAGAGAGACCGGCGGAGGCAUCGCCUCCUCGGCUGUCACUACUUCUCCGGACGGGUCCUCGCGGAGGUCCAGCGCGGCGAGCCCGCGGCCGGGAGGCCGCCGCUGGGGUACGCGUGCGGGUGGCCCGAGGCCUGA